UUUGUCAUCACAGGCGAGAUAAUACGUUCAAGCAAGCACGUGUAUACCUUCGAGUGGGUGGUGACUGUUGAUUGACGCCAUGGCGAAGGAAAUCCAGGGCUUUAAGAAAAGAAGGGGGUUGAAAUCUGAGCUGAACAAUCUGCCAGUGAUAAACUAUUUUACUACUACAUAUGAAAAUAUUAAAUCUAAACAUUAUGUGUUUGAAACGAGUCUAAAUAUGGUGGAAUCGAGCUGCGGCAUGGUUGGCGGAAGACUGCUCCAUCUUGUUGGGAAUCCAGAGGAACUAGAAAACCGGGCAUUGGAAUAUUUGAAACGGACCAAAGAUAACUAUCCAAUUAUAAAGAAAACCCCAAAAGGCAUGUUCCGUAAAACCAAGAGUAGAGUAAUUGAUUGGGGUUUAAAGAAAACUCAAGUUGUCCUUCAAACUUCGCCUGGUAAAGUGGUAGUAUGGGGUAUAGGCGCAGCUUCUAAUGUUUCUGACAGGGUGCUGUCUUCCGUAUACUAUGCUACCAAUACUCAGCCACAGGAACCGCCAAAAUCUAAACAUAAAACAGACAAGCGUAUUCUCAAGAGUCCACUUAAGAGCCCGGACAAGAAAAAGAGACGUAACAGUCUGCGAGAGACAACUUGUACAUUUGUAGAGUUUACCAUUGUACUCCCAUUAGAAGUUACAACGAGAUUUCUACAGACGAUACAUCUGUGGCUCCAUCUUUUGCUGGCUGACGCUGAGGAACAAGAUCGACAAAAACAGAACUUGUCACCAGAAAAGGCCGCGGAAAUCAAAAGUAGACGCAAGGUAUCACCAAGGAAACGCAUUCGACCAUCAACUAUUAAAUCAUGGAGUAAGACCGCUAUACAUUUCCUUGGUUUAGAUCGCAUUCUUCCUUUCUUCGGACCAAAAUGUUUCAUUAAAGAUAUUGAUCCCAGUCUGAAAGAUUGCAGUCCCAAUAAAUCUGAUGAUGGUGAGAAGAAAAGGAAGUUUGAUGAUAUUCUGUCUGAUGAUUCUACAGAUGAUCAAGAAGAACAAACUUACAUGGAUCAUUUAAGAAAAUUAGAUUUAUCGCAGUACAUGAGUGAUGAAGACCCAGAUUAUGAGCCUGGUUUAGAAUCAACAGAUAGUCAAGAAUAUGUAAUGGGUGAAACUGACUCUGAUGAAGAUCCUUCUAUGUUAGGCAUUACACCAGAUGCUUUACCACCUAGAAACAAGAGUGGUCCUGCAGCAGUGCCGUCAAAUACACCGUCAAAAUCAAAACCAGCUGAGAAAACCGACAAGAAAUCAGAAACUCCUAAGAAAACCAUCUCAAAGAACACGACUUUUUCUGUUAAAGAAAAUGAUCCAUCAAAAGUAAAACAGAAAUCGGCAUCGACUGAGAAGGUAAAACCAGAUGAAAGUGCUAAAGAUUACGUUCAGCUGACUUUUAAAGCGUCCCGGCUUGAUAGCAAGGAUGUUAUUGGUAAAUCUGACCCUUACUUGACCUUGAUGAAACAGAAUCAAGAAGGCAAAUGGCAAGUUUUACAUAAAACUGAGGUAAUUCAGAAUACGUUGGACCCAUCAUGGAAACCAUUCAGUGUACCUUUAUUGUCGUUGUGGAAUGGAGACAAAAAUAAACAAAUAAAGAUAACGGUGUUUGACAAAGAUGACGUGGUAAGUGAUGAUUAUGUUGGAGAAGCCAUUGUAACACUGGAAGAAGUUCUAAAAGCAUCUAAACAAGAGGUAACUUGGAAUAUCACCAACGCCAAGAAACAGAGUAAAAAGAAGAACUAUUUAAAUUCUGGUCAGGUUCAUCUCGUCUCUUGUAAGGGCGAAUGCGAAGUUAUACGUGAAAAGAAAUCCAACCUUGUACCGCUAUCCCUGGGUCUUUCUGUUAGUGCUACAGUUGUUCUGGCUUUACUUGUUACUCACAUUUAACAUGUUUAAUCUGGGGAAAUUCUUGUAUAUAUAAUUUUCAAUUUCAUAAUUCAAUUGUACAUAAUGUGUUCUACUCAAUUUAUGUUAUUAUCGUAUUGUAGUUAAAGGUGUCGGGGGUUGUUAAGUUCGAUGAUUCUUUUCAUGUUCUUUUGUUUAUUAUGUAACAGUCUAAUCAUUAACCAGUGCAAGAAUAAAUUUAAUAUCAAAUUCUUAGUUACCAACGUAGCUCUAUCGGAAAAACUAAAACGAUAAACAAAAUGGAACAUCUUGAUCAAAAUUCUGCCAUUUAUUAAAUGAGGGUAACCUCCCUUUGAUUUGACUGUUACAUGGCCAUUACUAUGGUAAUAUAAUCUGGUUUAUUUUCCCCGUUUUAAGGGCAUUUUAGAAGAUCAGAAAGAAAAAUAGAUAUCGGAAGAUUUUAUGAAGUUGGCAGAUAAUGAAUUCCCACAGAGCUACAUUAAUCCCUUAUUUAAUGGAAUACCAUUUUUUGCAUUGUACAUUCUUUCCUAAUGACAAUAUUGUAUAUAAAUAUUAUAAGAAUUAACUUGGUGCAUUGUUCUGUCUUACAGACAUUUAAUUUAUUUUUGUAUUUAUUUUUUUUUUUAAUACCAGACAGUUUCAUGCCUAAAAUGAAAUGUCUCCCAUGUGCUAUUCUCCAUGUCGCCCCAUCUUAAGCCUUAGUUAUCUGUAAAUGUUUAAUUUUUCAAUUAUAAACAUUCAUAUUGGUAAAAUAUUUCCAAUUAUAGACAUUCAUAUUGGUAAAAUAUUUCCAAUUAUAGACAUUCGUAUUGGUAAAAUAUUUCCGAUUACAGACAUUAGUAUUGGUAAAAUAUUUCCGAUUAUAGACAUUCGUAUUGGUAAAAUAUUUCUGAUUAUAGACAUUCGUAUUGGUAAAAUAUUUCCAAUUAUAUUGGUUAAAUAUUUCCGAUUGUAGACAUUCAUAUUGGUUUAAUAUUUCCAAAGAUAAACAUUUGUAUUUUUGAAAUAUGUUUUAAAUGUGCUUAUUGUGACAGCGUAUUAAAACUUAACCAAGAUAAAAACAAAACAAACCCUUAGAUUGUUUGAAAUAUAGAUCUGUCUAAUGUGAUUGAACAAUGAAUGUUUCUAUUUGCCAUUAAAUCAUCUCAUAAAUGGUGGAAAUGAGUGUGAUUUUCCUAGCAAGAUCUGGUCAUAAUGACUAAAUGAUUGUUUAGCUCGAUCAUAUUACUUAGAAAUACAUGCUACAUUGACAAUGCAAAUGGUAUUAAAUUUAUAACAUCUCCAAAGAACAGAGUCGUGUUACUAUCAGAGACAUUACCAGCAAAUAAUGUCUGUCCGGGUAUCUCAUUAACUCUGCUCGACUGUACAUCAGAUGAUGUGUACCUUUUGAAAGCUGAUUGGAAUAUAUUUGACAACAUUAUCAGGAACUAGUGUUGCAUAUUUUGAUUUUCCAUAUCGGUUAGCUGUAGGUCUUGCGUCUGUAUUAAGUUAAUACUGUUUGCGUUAGUCAAGCCCCUUUUAUACUCAUCCCAGGACUGUUUUACUCUCUUCAGCUGUUUUACUCAACAACAGCAUGGUUAUGUCUUUCUGUUUACCCCAUUGACUGUUUACCCCAUUGACCCAUUGACUGUUUAACGAACAGUUUUUUUCUUUAUGCUGUUUACACCAACUGUUUACUCUUGUUUCUUUAUUAUUCGACAAUAGCUCUUAUUAACUAUAAUUAGCCAACACAUACGAUUAAAGUGAACAAGCUAUUACCCAUUUCAAUGUAGAUAUUUUUUAAAUAUGUCUCGAAUGUUCUCUUUAAUCGUCCAUAUAUAUAUUUUAUAAAUACAAAUGAUAACCAUUGGUGUAGCUUUCAGGUUUUAUCUCUAUAAUGCUGGGCUUAAAUUAUUUAUAAAUACAAAUGGAACUUUCAGGUUUAUUAUAUUUUAUCUUAUUGAUGGGCUUAAAUUAUUUAUAAAUACAAAUGUUAACCUUUGGCGUAACUUAUAGGUUUACUAUAUUUGAUCUUAUUGAUAGGUUUAAAUUAUAUGUUAACCCAUGGUAUAACGUUCAGUUUAUAAUACUUUAUCUCUAUAUUGAUGAGCUUAAAUUAUUUAUAAAUACAAAUGUUUACCUUUGGUGUAACUUUCAGUUUUUCUAUGAUAUUUUAUCUCUAUAUUGAUGGGCUUAGAUUAUUUUGUCUAUUUAAUAAAUGAAUAAAUCUAUUUUUCUUUCCGUUUUAAA